AUGUCAAUGACACAGCCUUCUGAUUCAGCCCCUGCUACCAGCAACCAGGUGCACACUUACAGCGCAGGCACGCUGGUGUAUGAAGUCAACUUGUCUGUCCCACGCGAGAAGGCCGAAGAUUACAUUGACUGGCUCCGCGGCUUCACCAAGGAACAAGUGAAGAGGAUCCCUGGGUUCCUGUCGACCAUGGUCUUCCGCCAGCCCAAACCCUACGGCCUGCAUUGGUUGUCGGAGGAGGGAAACGCAAAGACAUACAUCACGGUCCACUACGUGAUCGAAUCGCAGGCACAUCUGGAAGAGUACCUCAAACGCGACCAGCCCGCCGUCGCUGCUGCUGAACAGGACCGCUUCGAGUUCCUCGUCACCAGCCGGCGCACCCUCAGCGUCGUCUGCUAG